AUGCUCAAAGUCGGAUUCAAGCUCAUUUCCAACAACAAUUCCUUCAAUCACUCGUUGCGUUCCUUAUUUCCAUCAUCAAGAUUAUCUUCAAGAUGGAUUUCAAAUGCUUCAUCAUGUGCCUUAUCACCUUCAUGGACACUUCAAAAGAAAGCUUCUCCAUCGUUGAAUCUUGUUUUGAACUCUACCGGAACAACAACAAGCCUUGUUUCCGAGAGUCAUCAUCUUGUUAAUCCGAACCAUCAUUAUUUCAGUCAAAUGAUUGAUUCUUCAUGGAACUAUCAAGCCUCAAAUAUUCUAUGGAAGAUUAAAAAACAUUUGAGAACAAGUGUUUUGAAUCAUCAUCACGGAAAUGAACAGUUUAUACAACAAUUUUCCUUUCUGAGAAAUACUUGGGAAGAAUUGAGAAGGAAAUUAUCAAACGCAUUGGGAGUUCAUCGAUAUCAACAUUAUGACUAUAAUAGUUAUUAUGGAGGAGAAGGUGGUGGAUUCCGAUUUACCAAUAUUCAAAAAUUGAUUGCAUUGAACGUUGCUGUCUUUGUCUUGGCUAAUUUAUUCUUAACUCGACAAGAUAUUUUGGCGAAUUUAGGUGUUUCAUUGGAUAAUAUGAUGCAUGGUAAAAUUCAUACCUUGUUGACAAGCAUGUUUACACAUAUUGAUUUACUCCAUAUAUUUAUGAAUAUGUAUGCAUUGAGUCAAUUGGGAAAGAUGAUGCCCAUGACUCGGAGAUUGUUGUGGCCAGCUUACAUUUUCUGUGGAUUGGUUGCUUCUUCUGUUUAUUUGAUCGAUAAAUGGAUUGGAAGUACGGUCUUGUCACGACCUCAUGAAUACUAUACCACAGGUAUUGGAGCAAGUGGAGCCAUAUUUGGAAUUUUAGCGUUUGUGACACAAGUACAUCCUUUCAUUCCAGUCGGUAUAUUCUUUUUACCUAUUCAAUUCAAAUUAAGGAAUUUCUUUUAUGGUGUGCUAGCCAUUGAAUUCUAUCGUUGGUACACUCAUAGAGAUUCAUCAGUAAGUGCGAGUGGUCACUUGGGAGGAGCUUUGGGAGGAUACUUGUUUUACCUAUUGAAUCGAAAGAGACUUCUCUUUUAA